GUGAUUCAACUUCAACUUAACGCUGCAUAUAUGCCCUAUGACUAUAGGGGCCAAGCCUUACGGGGGAAAAGCAAUGGCAGUUAUAAAUACUUGCACAUACGUACAUGCGUCGGGCAGAUAUUUUCUUUGCAACAAUGUUUUCGAGUCGAAAUUUAUAAAGAGACGGUAGUCAAGAAAACCGUUUAUUGUACUUUUAGGAACCGUUUAACUCAUAUCUCACCGCGAUCGAAAAAAUGCGUAAUAAAUACUUUGCCGUUCUGAUAUGCGCUUCCUGCAUUUGUGGUUGCCUUGCGGAUAGCUACUCCGGGGAUAUUCAAAGUUCUAAUUCUUUGGACUUCGGCAACGACAAUGGAGGCUACAGCUAUAGCUCUCCACCGAGCAACAGCUACCUACCUCCAGCCACCCCCGCACCGGAGUACCUGCCUCCGAAUAAUGGAUACCAAUAUAAUCCACCUCCAAACAACAACUACCUGCCCCCUCCGAACAACAACUAUCUUCCUCCUCCUCCUGAAUAUGGACCUCCCGGAUAUCCUUCGUGGCCCCCACCUCCACCCUUUUAUAAGCCAGCUCCCCCCAUGCCCUACCAUUCGCACGAAGGUUUACUGGAAAAACUUAAGUCCAAGAUCAACUUAUAUACACUUGGAAAGAUAUUGCUGAAGCUCUUGAUAUUCAAGAAAAUUGUCAAGUUUAUUGGUUUGAUUUUCCUGCUUUUGGUUUUGCCAAAGCUGAAAAAUAUUUUCAAGGACGACAUGAUGUCUGGAUCUGGCGAGAGCGAUGGCAUGGAAAGUAAACUUGUAGAAACAGAUAAGGAUAAAUUAGCUCAACAAAUUGAAGAUCUUUACGAUUUCGUAAUAAACUCUAUAGAAAAUUUUGAGGGAAGAAGGUCGUAGAUCCAUCCAAAAAUUAGUUGAAUAUGUAUUAUUACAAAUUGUAUUACAUUUGAUUAUUUAUUUGUUUAAA